CCGAAAGCGUACCGCGCGAAACGAAACCCGACGGUCGUGUCUCGCGUGGGUUACUAUUCCCGACCGGCGAUUCCCUGACGCCUCGAGUCCUGAGUGUGACCGGCGCAUCGCCGGGUGUGUGACUGCUACUUGAAAGCUGCGGAAGGACCGGUGAGGGAGAAGUUGGUGCGGUUCGGUGUCGGAGCUGUAAUACCUGCACCUGGAAAACCGCGUGGUUGAAAGGGCAGCGCUUUUCAUCCCCUUGGGACCGGGUCGUAAAGCUGCUUUUGAAGAUCUACACCGACAGAUAUGACGGCGCCGAAAUCGGCGGUCUGCCCUCUUGAUCUUGGCGCUUAACUAACAGGUGUUUUUUUCUACCGAAGGAGCGAACACAAGGAGAGUCCACAGCCUAUGGCAUGGCCCCGAGUGACGUCAGCCUCGCACUUGUACUUGCUGCGUUCCUUCACUCCACAUUCGGUCAACUGAUGCCGAUGGCGGAGAUCCAGCCGGAAUUCUUGGCACCACUUGAAAAUCACACCGUGACGCAAGGCCGGGACGUGUCGUUCACCUGCGUUGUCAAUCAUCUUCAGUCUUACAAGGUUGCCUGGAUAAAGUCGGACUCGAGGGCGAUUUUGGCCAUUCACACGCACAUGGUGGCCCAUAAUCCACGGCUCUCAGUAACCCACAAUGGCCACAACACGUGGAAACUCCACGUGGCUAAUGUCCAGCGAAACGACUCUGGAACUUACAUGUGUCAAGUCAAUACUGACCCGAUGCGCAGCCAGAUGGGGUACAUGGAGGUCGUGAUUCCGCCCGAUAUAAUGGACCUCGACGACUCGACGGACGGCCUAACUACCGAGGAGGGAGGCAGCGUGCGACUCAGGUGCCGAGCUACCGGAACUCCGACACCGGAUGUCACCUGGCGUCGAGAGGACGGUCGCAACAUCGUAUUGCGCAACGAGCACGGCAUCAAGCGGGCGGUAAAAAGCACCGAGGGUGAGCAACUGCACCUAAUCGGCAUAUUGCGGCAGGAGAUGGGCUCGUACCUUUGCAUCGCUUCGAACGGUGUACCGCCUUCGGUCAGCAAACGAUAUUCGGUACGCGUGCACUUCCGACCGCUGAUCAAAGUCGCUAGUCAGCUCGUAGCCGCCCCGGCAAACAGCGACGUGGUCAUUCAAUGCUACGUCGAAGCUUCUCCGAAAGCCAUGAACUCCUGGUACAAGGAUACAGGUGAAAAAAUCCUCCCAAGUAGCAAGUACCUCAUGUCGGAGGUGGCGACCAGCGAUUACUCCUAUCAGCUUAAUAUGACCGUUCGAAGGCUCGAGAAAUCAGACUUUGGAAGCUACGAGUGCUCCUCGGAAAACGCCUUUGGCAAAGCUGACGGCGCUGUGCGGCUCCAAGAGCUGCACAUUGUGACGAAGACGACGCUCCCGUCGGUCCGGGAUUCCGAGCCGAGUAACAAGUCCCGAAAAAAAUCGCCAACGUUGAAAUUGAACAAGAAGAUACGACCCAGAUUGUCGGCCGAAGCUGGUGUCGAGGACCUGGACGAGUCAUCGAUGGACUUCGGAAAAGGUGGAGAAACGCAUCCGACGGUUAUUUCCUCCAAGUCUGGCCGCGGCGACGAUGCUCGAGGGGUCCCAAGGCCCCCGAUUGGUCCCCCUCAGGCCCCAGCACCUGCGCCUGCGCACUCGCCGCCGACGGAGGUGGCGCUGUUUAACGAGGGUUCUGCGGCGCGACGCAACUGUCGGGUCGAAGCCCUGACGAUGACGGUAAUCGCCGUCGCGCUGAUACCCCGCCUAAUUUACUAGAUGCAAGGGGGGGAUCUAUACCCCCGUCGAAUUAUUGCUCGCGUGUAGGAUCGUGAAAUUCAGCGAAUAACGCGCGUCGUAUCGCCGGUAAUUACAUCAGCCGUCGUGAUUAUUCACGUGGUUCGAACGGCCCGCGCAAACUUGAACACUGUAUAAUUGCCGAACCUUGGAUAUACUGUACAAAGUUUGUUCGAUCCAGCGACUAUUCAAUAUCGGGGUUCCUGGCAGCCUGUAUUAUAGCAGAACAUCAGAAAUUUCUCAUUUUAAUGAACAAUAUGCUCAACGGCGGGAACUUUGCCUAUUUUAAAAAACUGAGUUUACGUUCUACGUCAAAGUCAUGAUCGCGUAACAAGCUAAUGUCAAAUCAUUCUCAGAAAAAAAUUCCAUCACGAUAACGGAGCAUUUUAACAUGGAAAUAUAUCCUGCUAGUGAUAGAGAUUAAUAUUUGUUCCGGAUAUAAUUUUGAAUGUGUAAAGAACACUCUAUCUUGUUGUUCAAAAUUCAUAUCGUGUCGUGAACUCAGUUUUUGCACAGAAGCAUUUUUCGACCCGAAAGCUGUGUGGAGCCUCUUCAGCUUUCCUGUGCAGAAAUAGGAUUCACACACGCAUACACAUAGCGGAUAAAUGAACGUAAGUAUCAAAGAAAAAAAAUUUAUCUUACAUGCUGCGUUAUUCGAAUGACAAUAAUAUGUAGUUAAUAUUAUUCGUAUCCUUUCACCUAAAGUAUUCGAAUCUGACAUAGAGUUUCAUAUUUCACCUGAAGUAAAUUUUCCAUUUUAUGGAAUAUUGAUCUAAUUAAAUAAACAAUAAUUAUAAUUAUGAUCAUAAUGAAAGAACCAUCUGAAUGAAUAUAGCACAUAUAUAUCUGUAUCAUAUAAUAAUAUAAUAUAGUAUAGUAUAUUAAAUCUUAUGUACAAAUUUCAAAGAGUGAUAUAGUCGGUGCCGUUGAAACGACGAGGAAGCAUCAAAAAUUUGAUUCUCUAUAACCAAUACCAAGGAAUUAAUAUUUUUUAUUCAUCGUUGUGUGAUACAUAAUCACCUGCAGCGAAGUAAAUUCAGAUGUAUGGACGUUUCGUUGUACGGGUAGCGACAUUAGAGACGAUUUGUAAAGUUAUCCAUACGAUUAUAAAUGCCAAGUUUAAAUUUAGCCUGCUCUCCCGCCGAUGAAUCAAUUUCAAGGUUUAUGAUUUUUCGAUAUUGUUUUAUGUAACGCGUAAUUCGUACAUUCCAUAAAAUUCCAGUACGAGUAGCAAAAAUACAUUUUUGAUUAAAUUUUACGAAACCGAUUUCAUUGAAACGGUUUUCUUACAGCUUAGGCGUUAUUGCUAAAAUACAAUACACAACUGAGUGUUUAAAUCAAGAAAUGAAUGAUGUCGGACCGGUUCAACACUUUUAACCAGUCGAAUUGUUGCAUUUUGUUGAGACAAUCCGCAGCUUGGAUGAGAUCUGCUGAUCAGGCACGUUGAAAUAUUUCACUUAGUGUCCGGGGAUCCAUGAUUAAAUUUGAAUUAGUAGUUUAAUAAUUAUCGGUAAAAUUGACGGUAAUUUUAUAAUGGGAAAUCUGAAAAUAAGGAAACAAAAUUUAAUUAGCUUGUGAACAAAUUGUUGUAUAGACUGAAUAUUAUACAUAUAUUUCUAUUAUAUAUAUUAUUGUAAAAUAUAAUGUGCAUAUAUACACAACUAUGAAUCACAUAAUGCCAAUGCUGUUACGUGAACGGCCAGCAAAUCAUUAAAUCUUUAUUGAAUAUUGUUGUCCGAAUAAUAAUAAUAAUAAUAGAGAGAACUGAAAUUUCACAAAGAUUUCGACGCCUGAAAUUAAUUGCUACUCAAGACUCUGGGUUGUAAAUUUAAAAAUGAAUUAUUGAGUAAACCAGCAGAAUCAGAAUGCCCUGUCCUCUUAUAUCAUAAUCUAGUAUAAUGUAAAAACAUGUGACAAUAAAACAUUUCUUACUGUA